AUGUGGGCCGCCGGCGUAGGGUGGACGAAGCGCAGGCAGGCUCAGGGGGCCUGCGAAGCCGUCAUGGGCGGCAUGUCCUUUGGGAAGGCGGCCACCUCCUUUGGUGUAGGCCGGGCAUCGGUCGCGACCUGCCUGGCGGGCAACGUGUCCAUGGACGGUAGAGUCGGUCCUGGGAUCGUCCUGAGCGAAGCCGAGGAGAACGCGGUGGAAGACGUUCUGCUGUUCGCCGCUCGCAACGGUCUCUUGUCUGUCUCUGGGCCGGGCUCGGCUGAAAGUUGCGGUGAAACGGCUGUGCGACGACGGUUGUUCGUGGUAGCGGCCUUAUGUAUCGCCUGAGCUGCGGUAGAACAUCUGAUUGGAUAUUUUUAAUUGCAGAACUGUCGAUCGUAGGUUGUCAUGCCGAGUGUUCUGCGAAUACUCUUUGUGGUAGUUCGGUAGAUUGUACACACGUAAGGAUCGCACAACGGACCGUAGGUGUAAGUCGGUACGUUGGUAUGUGGUACGUUGGACACUUGUCCAGUAGGAACGUUCUAGCAUUGUCGCUAGAGGUCGGGCUUACGGGUCAUUGUCGUGUUCGGUGCAUUGCUUUGUGUUCCGAGUGUGCAUCUAUCCGGAGGAGACGUUGGGAGCUGGGAGCAUCACGCUCGCCCCCUGUCCUCACUCCACUUUCCGACCUGUCUCUCCAUACCUAGGUCUCACAAAUACAAUAUUCUUCCCCAGAAACCACUGAGUUACCAACACGCUAUAGCGACAUCAGUCGACUGCUGUACGUCCCCCUGGACUGUGUUCGACGCGAGACUGUGAGGGCGGCUUGAUCAACCGACCUCAUCAUGGCUGAGGAGCGGAGUGACCCUGCGGCAAACCAUCAGGGUGACCCGCAGGGUGUU